UCUCUCAGCAUUCAUUCUCUCGUUCUGUUCACUGUCUCUCUGAGAACGCUAUCUCUCGUCAAAGGAUUCAUCUUGAUCCAGGUCUCCAAGACGGGCACUAGAUUUCGCCCCAAGUCAAUUCCCCAAUCUCUCGAAGGCGCAUCUCACAAUUCCAAGUCUCAGUUUCCAGACUUAGUGUCAUCAAGAACGAUGAGCAUCUUGCAAGGGAAACGGAAGCGCCAAGACCUGGCUUCUGCACUCUCUGCGUCGAUGACGAACGAGGAGCGGGUGAUUUACAAUAUCAUUCGCGGGAAGAAGGAGAUGGGGAUUUGGCAAGGGGACAUCAAAAGAGAAACCAACAUCCCUGACAGCAUAUUGAAGAAAUCGAUCAAAUUGCUAAUCUCCAAGACUCUUAUCAAGGAAGUUGUGAACAUCCAAAACAAGUCCAAGAAGGUGUUGAUGGCCAUGGAAUUCGAGCCCUCUAAGGAGAUCACUGGUGGAGAGUGGUAUACCGAAGGCAGGCUCGACACACAGCUCAUCGAUGCUCUGUCUGAUGUCUGCUUGAAGCUUAUUUCUCGGAAAAAGAUCGCUACCCGCGAUGCAAUCCUUGAGUGGACUAGAACCUUAGGAAAUGAGGUUUUUCCUGGUGGAGUCAGUCCAGGACAGGUGGAACAAAUUUUGAAAGUUUUGGUUAUGGAAAAUAAGUUACAAGAGGUGAACAGCACUGGCUUUGGGGAUUUUUCAUCUGUUCCUGCUGGUGAAGUUUGUUUUAGGUUGGCGAAAAAGAUAGGCACCAAUGUUAAAGUUGGUGCCAUGGCUUCUAUUCCUUGUGGGGUUUGUCCUAGGAUUAAAUUUUGUACACCCAAUGUCAGCAUGUUGGGCAAUGGCAAAGUCUUGGAUAGAUGUGCAAGUGGACUUGGAAAUCACUCGUUCACAGCCAGGGGGAAUUGUUCAACAUUUGGAUAUGUAGUUGAUGGAUAUCAAUGCUUCUUCAAAUUCAAGAAUCAAUGCUGCAAAACCGUCUAGUAGUUUGGAUAUCUACAUACUGUGGAAGUCUGGAAAACAAUUACUCUAGAGUAAAGGAGAUGGAGACUUUGUUGGGCUCAAGAGAGUGUGUAUCUAUAUACUCAAGCCUCAUGAUUCAAGAUACACUUUCUUGGACUCAAACCUUGUGCAAAUCUUGAUUUCAUGUAGAACCAAGGAGGUUUCAGCUUGGGUGGGCUAUCUUAGUCUCAGUAGUGUUGACUAGGUCUAGCUUUGGACUAGUGACUUGAAGGUAUUGAAGUCAAGAAUCAUGGAAGGUUUUGUGGAGGCUUGGGAGAGGAGGCAACUUUGAGGUUUGUGUUGUAGAAGCUCAUUUGGCUUGGUUUUUGGUACCUUGACUUCAUAUGGAUAGGGAGAGAGCUAUGGAGUGAGUAUUUGGUGGAUUAGAGUAGGUUUUCUUGGUAUUUAGUUAUGGUGGCCAUGGUAGCUUCUUAGUUAGAGUGUGUCAAUAUUUAUGGUGGUGACUUGGGGUGGUUUCCAUGGUGGUUCUUGGAGGCCAAGGAUUGUUUAGGAAUUAUAAAACAUAAUACCUACUUGUCCAUUCUGUAUAUCUCAGUUUUUGAGCCAAUGACAUUUCAUUACAUGAAAUAUAAUAGAGAAGAGAG